AUGGGGGUUGUAGUCCGCUCUCCGGCGGAGCUGGCCUGGGAGGCGGGAGGGGCCGCCGAAGCGGGACGUCCUCCGGCUGACCUUCUGACUGAUCCUCACAGCUACCACCUGGUCGGGAUCAGCUUCUUUAUCCUAGGACUGGGCACCCUUCUUCCCUGGAACUUCUUCAUCACAGCCAUCCCGUACUUCCAAGGGCGGCUGGCAGGGGCCAACAGCACCACCGAGACCCUGGGCACCAACCACACAAGCCCUGCAGAUACCUUCAACUUCAACAACUGGGUGACGCUGCUGUCCCAGCUGCCCCUGCUGCUCUUCACACUCCUCAACUCCUUCCUGUACCAGUGCAUCCCUGAAACUGUGCGGAUUCUGGGCAGCCUGCUGGCCAUCCUGCUGCUCUUUACCCUGACGGCGGUGUUGGUCAAGGUGGACAUGAGCCCCAGGCCCUUCUUCUCCAUCACCAUGGCCUCUGUCUGGUUCAUCAACUCUUUCUGUGCAGUUCUGCAGGGCAGCCUCUUCGGGCAACUGGGCACCAUGCCUUCCACAUACAGCACCCUCUUCCUCAGCGGCCAGGGCUUGGCUGGGAUCUUUGCUGCCCUUGCCAUGCUCAUGUCCAUGGCCAGUGGUGUGGAUGCCCAGACCUCUGCCCUGGGGUACUUCAUCACGCCCUGUGUGGGCAUCCUCAUGUCCAUCGUGUGUUACCUGAGCCUGCCCCAACUGAAGUUUGCCCGCUACUACCUGGCUAAGAAACCAUCGAAGGCACCAGGUCAGGAGCUGGAGACCAAAGCUGAGCUCCUCCAGUCUGAUGAGAAGAACAGCAUUCCCAACAGCCCCCAGAAGACAGGCCUGACUCUGGAUCUUGACUCUGAGAAGGAGACAGAGAUGGAGCCAGAGGAACCCCAGAAACCAGAAAAACCUUCAGUUUUCAUUGUCUUCCGGAAGAUCUGGCUGACGGCGCUGUGCCUCGUGUUGGUCUUCACAGUCACCCUGUCCGUCUUCCCCGCCAUCACAGCCAUGGUGACCAGCUCCACCAGUCCUGGGAAGUGGAGUCAGUUCUUCAACCCCAUCUGCUGCUUCCUCCUCUUCAAUGUCAUGGACUGUCUGGGACGGAGCCUGACCUCUUACUUCCUGUGGCCAGAUGAGGACAGCCGGCUGCUGCCCCUGCUGGUCUGCCUGCGUGUCCUGUUCGUGCCACUCUUCAUGCUGUGCCACGUGCCCGAGAGGUCCCGGCUGCCCAUCCUCUUCCCACAGGACGCCUACUUCAUCACUUUCAUGCUGCUUUUUGCUGUUUCAAAUGGUUACCUGGUGUCCCUCACCAUGUGCCUGGCGCCCAGGCAGGUGCUGCCGCACGAGAGGGAGGUGGCCGGCACCCUCAUGACCUUCUUCCUGGCUCUGGGGCUCUCCUGUGGAGCCUCCCUCUCCUUCCUCUUCAAGGCGCUGCUCUGAUGUGCUCCAUCCAGGCCUCCCCCAGCGUCUUCUCUUCGGAGCGGAGACCCAGCACAGGGGAAUGAUGGGAUGGGCUCAAGCCUCUGCUGGGCUGGGGCCCCUAGGUCUGGGGGUGCCUGGAAGAGGCGGGUGCUGUUCUCCUUCCUGGGCCAGUGGCCACCUGGGGUGCUACAAGGAAGAAUUCACCCCCUGCCAUUCAACCCUCACCUGGGAGUGGAGCUGACGCAAAGACAGACUACCUAGAUGCACACAAGACCUCGCUGAAAGGGUAAUGAUCAGGAAAAAGAGGACCGAGGACAAUGGCCUUUCCCCACCAUCCAGAGUGUAUGUGUUAAUCAUGAGAAACCCACUGGCCGAAUGCUGGGGCUCAGAGGCCACAGGUGGGGCCUGGCCAACUGUGUGGCUGGUGUAGCUGCAGCCUCAGAUUCAGAGUGGGAGUGGGGGCCAGCCCAGGGCGGGAGCUCCUCUUCUCUCCAGGCCUCAGCGACCCCACGGUCAAAUCUCUCGGACUCUAGAACAGAGGAUUCCAGGGAAGUUGAGGGGACCAGUGAGAAGGUAUUAGGGAUCUGAGGAUGCUCAAAGGAACCUUGGGCCUCAAACAGUGUUUCCAUCGCCAGUACUUACUGUGUCUACUCCCCAGUGCCCAGCUGGGCCUGGGUCCCGGAACUGCAGUUAGCCUGCAUGUGUGCACUGCACUUUACAGUUUGCAAAGCUCUUCUGCAUCCGCUCUCUCACUGAAGCCACGUUGUGGCCCUUGGAGGCAGGCCGGCAGGGAUUGUUCUCCCCAUUGUACAGGUGAGGAAACUGAGUCCUGAGGGAAGGGGCCAGUUCUUGGUAGAGGCAGGACCCAGCCCCCACCUCCCUGUAGGUGCUGUUCUUCCUGCCCGCUGCCUGCUUCCCUUUUCCGCAAGGGGCUCAAGGUGAGAGCCCUAAGCACUUCCUCCAUCUUUUUGCUUGUUUUUCCCUCUGACCCCGAUCCUGGGUCUAAUAACAACCUUCUUCAUUCGUA